AUUCGCAAGAAUCUGGCGAAGUUAUCCUACUCAUUCCACAUGGCCAACGUUUCCUCUACUACUGUAGUCAAAAUGAAUGUAGCGAAUGAAAACUGCACGGAUAUAUUGCCAUUUCAAUCUAAUUAUUCUAUAUAUUAUUGAACUACUGUUAAAAAUUAUGAAUUUAAUAUUACUUCCCAUUAAAUCUUUUAAAAUCUAUUCACGUUCGAUAAGUUAUCAACGAUCAGAAUAGAAGCUGAACAUGAUCAUUCUCUUUCAUAAUCGAGUUGAGCUGAAGGAAGGACGUGAAGUCUUGGGCGUACCAGAUUACGGUUAAAAUGGGUUUUCCUGACACCUGUGAUGUAGAAAAGGGAAAGAAACUGUUCGUGCAGCGGUGCGCGCAGUGCCACACGGUGGAAGCGGGCGGGAAGCACAAGGUGGGGCCCAACCUGCACGGUCUCAUCGGCAGGAAGACGGGCCAGGCGCCGGGCUACACCUACACGGACGCCAACAAGAGCAAGGGCAUCGUCUGGGGCAGGGACACGUUGUUCAUCUACCUGGAAAACCCGAAGAAGUACAUACCCGGUACGAAGAUGGUGUUUGCGGGUCUGAAGAAGCCCCAGGAGCGGGCGGACAUAAUCUGCUACCUGGAGCAGGCGACGAAGUAGAGCAGUCCCAACACCUCGUAGAAGUUACCUGCCCCCUCUCCGGCGAGGGGGCGAACUGUCGAGAGAAGUUAGUGGCUAGUGAAGGAGUUAUAUGUCAGGCACAGGCUGGUUUCUAGGUCUGCUGUGAUAACGGACUCCGUCGAUGUUCAUCCAUGUUUGUCGCACAUCAGUAUUGUAUGUCUCUACGUCAUUACGGUUAAUUCGUUUUAAAUUAUAGUUUACAUUAACAUUGCUUACCAUGGCAGUUGACCUGUUGUGUUGCCCGUUUGUGGUGAAAAUAAAUCAGUUUGUUUGUUGGA